AUGACGGGCAACGCAUCUGAAGAUGGAGGAGAAUCAGGAGCCACUACUAGUACAUGUGUUGGCCCCAGCAUGUCGUUGCCGGACCGGCUAAAGGCAGUGCUCGAAAAGGAAGGCAAUGAGACCUGUGCAGAGUGUCCCGAAGCCUCUCCCACAUGGGCGUGUCUCUUGACCAAUCCAUUGGACGACGGAGACGGAAAGAAAGUACUGGCUAUCUUUUGCUGUUACAAGUGCUACGGGGCCCAUUUCCAACUGGGGAAGGAUGUGGGUCAAGUAAAGAGUACACGGAGAGCCAAUGAUUGGAAAGAGGAGGAAAUUGAAAUUCUAGAAGCCAGUGGGAACAAGAUUGUCAAUGACAUCUACGAAUUCAAGCUCACACCGGAAGAUAAGCAGAAGGAACACGGGGAGGACAAAGAUACCUUUGUCAAGAACAAGUACCAAAAUAUGCUCUACUUUAGCAAGCGCGCCUUUCAACAGUUCCAGAAAGGGCACUCCACAACAACCAACGCUACCGGUACAUCAUUCUCAUUUCGCCUUCCGGGUAGAUCCGUGUCGUCUCAUGAUGGAAAACGGACCCUGAUGACUCCCUCCUUUGAUUGGGUAUCCUUUUCCAAGGCAACACCGAGCAACAAGGAAAUGGAAGAACAACAAGCAGAUGAUGCAGAUCAAAGCAAUCUCAAACGUUUGUCCAGACGAGGGCUCACAAAGGCGUUUUCCAACCCGUUUGCCCUGGAGAGCAUGAGACGAACAGUAUCGGGAGAGCAAACCUCCAAAGAUUCAUCAUCGUCAAAGCUCGAAGGAGAAGACAAGAAAGAAUCGGAAGAUUGCGAUGGUUCCGACAACUCACAAAAGGACAGGGAAACCAAGAAGAAUACUAGCUUGGCUUUUCUGGACAAGAGAAGAAAAAGCGUGGACGACGACGAUGAUAGCGCCAGUGCAUCUGGAUCCGUCAACUCUAGUGCCAGUCGUAUUCGUAGGAGGCACACUCGGCGCAAUCUCAGAAAGACUGCUUCGAGUCCGUUGGCUUUGGCAUCCAUGCGGCGGGAACUUGCAACGAUGAGAGCCAAGGGCGCAGAAGGAAACAAUGAGGAAAGUGACGACAAACCCGACGAAGACGAAGAAGGUCCGCUACCUACGGCAUCCACAAAGGCCAAGCGCAAGUCCAACCCCGAAACCAAAAGGUCUGAAAACAAACUUGAAAGAAGUCGAAGCAAGCGGAAACCAGGGUCCACGAAUAGCCUGGCAGGAAUGCGGGAUUGGAAAAGUGAGGAUCCAGAAAAAACGAGAGAUAUUGGCAGUAUGAGGAAUAAGCAGUCCUCGUCCAGGAGACGUAGUGACAAAUCAUCGAAGCGGUCAUCCAAGUCACCCCGCCGCACAUUGACAGAGGGUGACAAAUCGUCGGGACGGUCCUCCAAUUCACCCCGCCGCACAUUGACAGACCAGGGAACGAUUAAAUCAGAACGAAGCACUAGGGGAAGAUCCUCCAAGAAGACGGACAAUGCUUCUAGUCACAAAAGAGAAUCACAGGACCAAACCCGGAAAAGCUCGUCAUCACCGAAACGAGGACUCGAACGAAAUGAAAGCUUGGUUUCCAAACGAGGGCUCGGGCGAGAAUCCAGCAGCCGUUCUGUUGGUAGCUCAAAACGGGGUUCAUCAACUAAACGCGAACUUUCACCAGCAGAGACCGGCAAGUCUAGGCGUCACCUGCUGGCACGAGGUGAAAGCAGCCGUUCUGCUGGUAGCUCAAAACGUGCGAUAUCCCCAAGACGGACAGUUUCACGGGACGAAACUAGCCGCCAGAGCGGUGGAUCAAAACGUGGAUUAUCACCGCUACGGCAGAUCAUUCAAGAUGAAAGCAACCGCUCUAGCGGUGGAUCAAAACUCGUGUUAUCACCAGCACGGCAGCUUAUUCGAGAUGAAAGCAGCCGCUCGGUUGGUGGCUCAAAGCGCGUGUUAUCACCAAAACGGCAGCUCCUUCGCGACUCUUCAAUGCGACUUGCACGAGAUGAGAGUGUGCUCUCCAGACAGCCAUCCAUUCUCCUUUCGCUGGACGACAGUAUCGAUUCUGAGGGCAGUUCGCGACAUAGGGGUGGCAGUGUACCCUCUAUUGGAAUCCUGGGCGUGCGAGGUACAAAACGAGAGCCUUCUUCUCAUUCAGCAGGUUCGGGUGGGGAUCUCAGCCGCCAAUGCAGUGACCGCUCGAUUGAUUCCAGCUCGACUUUGGACACAUUGGAAACCGCCCACUCGGGACAAUCACUGGCUUUGCUAUCCUCAAGCGGUGAUGAUCCUGUCGAACGAAGGCCAACAACGCAAUCAAUCUGUUCCAACUCGCUCCUUGAUACAUGUAUGUGCCCAGAUAGUCCCGCCUCUACCGCUUCUGAAAUGAGUCAAGACUUGCUCAGUGCACCGAAUACUCCCAAUCAUCUAACACCAACAAAGAAGCAGGAACAGAGACGUUCGGGUCAAGAGUCAACUAUUGACUCUCUUGCCAUUCCCGAUAUCGUCACCACUGACGACGACCGUGACGAAGAAGGUGAUGGUUGCAGCGCCUGUAGCAAACACUCGGAGAAAAGGAAGAAGAAGCGUUCGAAAGCCAAACGCUGCAAGACCAUGAAUUCUCCUAGAUGUUCUAAACACGACGGUUCACCAACGUCAUCGAAAGCUCCCGACGGUUCCUCCGAACGGCGAAUACAGCGCAGCUCGAAGCAUGGCCGACGAGGACAUCGUGGUGAUAAGCCCGAGAAAACACUACAAGGCACAAUAAUGGCGCUCCACGCAAUCAGCAAGACUUCGGUUGUCAUUGAUCCAGAAACUCGCAAGGUUGUACUGAAGCGAUGCACAACAAUUGAGUAG